AAUUAUACGAGGAAUUGACUACGGGACUUGUUGUAAUGUAGUAAGUGGUUUGAUGGGUUCCAUUGAUGAUGAAAUAACUUCCCACACAUCCUCAGAAGAUUGUUAAAAGGCGAGGCAAACUCUCGAAGGAGGAUUCAUCUUAUCCAAAAACUGUCCGGCCGCGUUUAGUUUAUUAGGAGGAGUUUGUCUCUGAGCCGCUGCCCCCUCUCACGCCACCUUCAGUAUCAUCAUCAUUCCCGCAUCUUCCCGCAGCUCCAGCGAUAAUCUGUGGGGAAAGCUGAUCGGUUCAACAUGGAUCUGCUGAAUUUUAUGCUUUUUGUAGGAAUCUCCCUCUGCACAGUGAAAGUUUCUCAACAAGGUCCAUCUCAGCGCAAAUUGUACAGUAGUCUGAUGACCGGGUACAACCCGCUGGAGAGACCGGUUUUCAACGACUCUCAGAGCCUCACGGUUUACUUUGGCCUCAGCCUCAUGCAGAUCAUGGAUGUGGAUGAAAAGAACCAGGUUCUAACUACCAACAUUUGGCUUCAGCUGUACUGGAAUGACUAUUACCUCCAGUGGAACCCAUUGGACUACCCAGGCGUGACCAACGUGAGAUUUCCCGACCAUCUCAUUUGGAAACCAGACAUCCUGCUUUACAACAGUGCAGAUGAAAGGUUUGAUGCAACAUUUCACACCAACAUUUUGGUCAACUCCUCAGGCGCUUGUUCGUAUCUUCCUCCAGGCAUCUUCAAGAGCACCUGCUACAUCGAUGUCCGUUGGUUCCCCUUUGACGUCCAGAGGUGUGAUCUGAAGUUUGGCUCCUGGACGUAUGGAGGCUGGUCCCUGGAUCUGAAGAUGGUGGAGGCAGAUAUCACUGGCUACAUCGCCAAUGGAGAGUGGGAUCUUGUUGAGGUACCAGGUCGAAGGAACGAGCGUUUUUACGAAUGCUGCGAUGAGCCCUACCCUGACAUCACCUUCACGGUGGUGAUGAGAAGACGGACGCUCUACUACGGCCUCAACCUGCUCAUCCCAUGCGUCCUGAUCUCCACCCUCGCUCUGCUCGUGUUCCUCCUGCCGGCCGACUCUGGGGAAAAGAUCUCACUGGGCAUUACAGUUCUGCUCUCCCUGACGGUCUUUAUGCUGCUAGUUGCAGAGAUUAUGCCUGCCACAUCAGACUCUGUGCCUUUAAUAGCUGAAUAUUUUGCCACAACCAUGGUCAUUGUUGGUCUGUCUGUAAUUGCAACUGUUUUGGUCCUGCAAUAUCACCACCAUGAUCCUGAUGGAGGAAAGAUGCCAAAAUGGACCCGUGUGAUCCUGUUGAACUGGUGCGCCUGGUUCCUGCGCAUGAAGCGCCCCGGUGAAGACAGAGUGCGCUCAGCCUGCCACAACAAGACCCGACGGAGCAGCCUGACCAGCAUGGACCUCAACGCCAGCAGCUCCGUCUCCCAGUCUACCAACGGCCACAUGCUCUACGUCGGCGUCCGCGGCCUGGAGAGCAUCCACUGCUCCACGGCCGCCACCUCUCCCGAUUCCGGGGUCCUCUGCGGGCGGCUGAUCGGACGAGCCGGCGAGGACGAGUUGCUCCUACCAUCGAGUCAGAGCCCCAGCAUGGGAUACAUGGAGCUGGAGCUGGCCAAGAUCCUGGACGAGGUGCGGUACAUCGCCAAAAGGUUUCGUGACCAAGACGAGGACGAGACCGUGUGCAACGAGUGGAAGUUUGCCGCGUCUGUCAUCGACAGGCUUUGCCUCAUGGCUUUCUCUCUCUUCACCAUCCUCUGCACCAUCGGGAUCCUCAUGUCGGCACCCAAUUUUGUAGAAGCCAUUUCCAAAGACUUUUUUACAUGAGGAGGUUGAAAUUAAAUUUUAAAGUAAAAAAAAAUAAAUAAAUAAAUAGAAGUCUGGCACGCUGCUAAUGAAAUGAUAUAUAUAAAUUCACAGGGCAGUAAUCUGGAUACAGCCAUUUCUUCUGUUUACAAAUGUGUAUUAUGGUAAAAUGUUCACGGUUUCUCAAAACUAAGUGAAAUUAAAACUCAGUCUGCAGUGUGAAAAGAAGGAAACAAAUCCAUUGCAUUGUAAUGUUGCACCACCCCACGCUUUGAAGAAAAUAAAUGCUAUCACUUUGUACUGUCUGACUAUAAAUCCAAUUGCUAUCAUCAGUGUAAUUUGUGAAAAAUGUAGCUUCGGUUUGCUAUGUGACUUCUUCAUUGUAAUGUACAGUUUUGCUAAAAUAUAAUGAGUCCAACAUUAAAGACCAGAAAUAUUGAUAUCUUCAUGGCAUUUUACCAGAAGGUGUAGAAGAGUAAUAGAAAACCUGCAGCUCUCAUCACCUGCAAGCUGUUGAUUAUGUGUAAGCUAUCAGCAAUUGGAUGAGGAGGUGGGGAUUGCAUUCAAACAGUGACGCCAUUCGGGUUUGAAACAUUUGUAUUACUAGGUAUGUUACAUUAUUUAAAAGCCCUUCACUGUCACGCCAAAAACACUUAAGUGGAAGUCAGUGGGUCCAUGGGGACAUCGGUGUCGUCAUGACACCGUCGGGUCACCUUCAGCCCAGGAUGUUUACCCCCCAAAGGUUUGUCUCACAAGCAGCUGGCUUCACAUUGGUGUUUUCUGAUUAUCAUAGUUAUCAUAAUUAACGGUAGGCUUUAUUUAGCCAACAUGAAGCUGAACAUUUUGCUGAAUCUCAGCUGCCUUGUCUACUCAGUGGUCCAUUGGCACAAUAGUUUUAUGUUCUCUUCAGUGUCUUUUUGAUAUUGGUUUCCAUUUUAAGAUUAUUUUAUUGUUUUCCAUGCUUCAUUAUAUGCCUUCAUCCCCUCUCCAAUCAACUUCUUAAACAAGGAAUGGACUAAAACCAUCAUGAGCAACUUCUGGUGACUUCAUCAUUAGUUAGCCAGAAAUACAAGAUGACUGACCCCAAAAAAAAUGCCGCCAAUUUUUUUUUAGAACCGAUAAAACCAACAUCAUUCCAUCUGAGUCUGGAAAGCUUGUCAGACCAAUUGUGAGGAUUUGUGGGUUGGGUAUCAAGCUAUGGGGAUGUUUUCUUACUAUGGUGUCUUGGCUGUUGAUCACACAUCACUGCAUAUCAUGGAUCAGUUUGAAUUCAUAAACGUGUUAGAAGAGGCUUUGUUGUCUUCUGCCAAAGAGGAAGUGCCCUUGAGAUUGAUGUUUCAACAACAUAGUGACCCCAAACACACCAGUAAAACCAGCCGCUUCAUGGCCCCAAACCAACAACAUAAUGUUGUAUAACAGCCAACCCAAUGCCUGCUCCUUAAUUCAACAAAAAUCAUGUAGGGUGACAUCAUACAUGCUGUUUCAGUGAUUGAACUAAGAUAUGUCAGAUUGUGGAAUAGAGUCCUACCAUCCUGGGUUGAAAUAGCUGUUCACUGGUUCCAGACGUUGGUUGUUCAUUAAAAACUGAUGUGAAGCAGUUUUCAAAAACCGCAGAAAUGGAGCUCAAUAUUAGCUCAUUAAUUCACAGGAAAGCUUAAUUUUCAACCAUUUUCAAUACAUUACAUAAUGAAAAUGAGUACGAUUCCAGUUAUUAAAUAGCAAUGCAGGCUCUGCUUUUUUGUUAAACGAUUCAAUGUUCCUUACCUUUACUUUCUAUAGACUGAGAAUAAAUUUGAUGUUUUUCUUAAUAAGUUGAUUUAAAGCAGAAUGUUAAUAGUGUUUGCGAUGCUUUUGUGUGCGUGAAAAUAAUAGCUAUUAUAAGAAUGGUGAAAUUUACUCACUUUUAAAUCAUACUGCUGUCAGCUUUAACAUUGGAUAUAUGAUACCUAAAAAAGCUACAGUAUCUUGCAUCAUGUAAAUAUUCAAAACUGAAGAAAAAAUUGCAAUGUUGUUUGCCUUUCUAUAUACAUAAGCUCCUUGCUAUAGUCUGUUUUUAAUUGUUGCUUCACCAGAAUUUUAUUCUAGGACUUUAUUGA